GAUCUCUGCUCUGAUUGGCUGUUUUGAACCGCGAAUCCCUCUCAACUGAACAUUCCAAGACGCGUGGAGGAAAAGCAGCUCCAGCUUCAGCUGAUGCGCGUGAACGCACCCACGCGCGCACGCCCCUGCAGCCGCGGAGCGAAACGUGGAUGAACCUCAGCCGAGCGAAGAGAAACAACUAGUUACUGACAUACAACUAAACACACACAAUUAACGCUGCGGGUCGUUGCAGGAGUGUGUGGUGGGAUUUACUGUGUUGAGGUGUUCAAGUGGAUUGUCUGCUGGCAGCUGGACUGGAUUCAUCUCUGUGUGUUUCUCAGAAUGUGGACGUGAAUCUUUCUUUUAACUAAUGAUGGCGGUUCAGGCUGGUUUGCAGGCUUGGUUCGGCGAGAAGUUUGAUGUCCCGUUACAGAGUCCUCGCGGCCUGCGCUCUCCGCGGCCCGGCCCGGGUCUGGCUGAUGUUUUCCAGUAUGACCAGUGGUUGGCCGUGCGGCACGAAGCCACGCUGGUGCCCAUGCAGGAGGAUCUGGCAAUCUGGCUGAGCGGCAUGCUGGGUGAGCAGGUGGCAACCGAACGCUUCAUGGAGGAGCUGGACAACGGUGUCAAACUGUGUCGUCUGGUUGGAAUUCUGCAGAGUAAAAUCCCACAGGACUCGGAAACACAGCUGCUGUCAAAGAAAAUCCAGUUCAAGAAAAACGCCUCCCCUGGAUCGUUUUUCGCUCGGGACAACACAGCGAAUUUUCUGUCCUGGUGUCGUCACAUAGGAGUGGACGAGACAUAUCUGUUUGAGUCUGAGGGUUUGGUCCUGCAUAAAGAGCCACGGCAGGUGUGUCUGUGCCUGCUGGAGAUCGGACGGAUCGUCUCCAGGUAUGGGAUAGAGCCUCCGGUUUUGGUUAAACUGGAGAAGGAAAUUGAACUGGAGGAAAGUCUAAUGAUAACGGAUCACGCAUCUCCAGUGAAAACAUUCACUGUGUGCUGUCAGCACGGAGCCCUGUAUCACCCUGAUCGUGCGGACCAGGACGACCCUCCCUGUAACUGCACACAGAAGUUUUCCAUCGAGUAUCUGUCUGAGGGACGCUACAGGCUCGGAGACAAGAUCCUGUUCAUCCGGAUGCUCCAUGGGAAGCACGUGAUGGUGCGUGUGGGUGGAGGUUGGGACACUCUGAAAGGGUUUCUGCUGAAGUACGACCCCGACCGCGUGCUGCAGUUCACCACUCUGGAGCAGAAGAUUCUAGCCUAUCAGAAAGGCCCGUCUGGCUCAGGCCCCGCCCACAGCGUGCAGGCCGCACAGCCGCCCACAAUGGACCCCAUCGCAGCUGUUAACCUCCUCCCAGAAUCAUCGUCUUCAUCGCCAUCCUCCACGACAUCUGUGUCCAAACCCAAUAUGCCUACGCCCCGCACCAUCGUUCAAUCGCCCGCUUCCACGCCCUCGAUGCCUCGCAGAGCCACCGCACCCAAGAAGAUUCUUCAUACGCCCACCGCUUCACCAAAAAUGACCCCUCUUUCAUCGCCCGUCCCCAAAAGAAUCCCACUUUCCACUGGGGUUUCCCAAAAAGCCCCUUCCGCUGCAUCCAAGUCCAAAGUGCGCCCACGUGGAUCUCCGUCACAACCUCGCAGUCCCGUCUGUCCCGAACCCACCUGCAAGCUGCCUAAACCUUCAGCCCCACCGACAUCUGUGCAGAAACCGGCCCAGCGCGACACACGCCCGCCUCCCGCACCCGUCCGCUCGCGGCUCGCCCAGAGACGCCCGCCUUCCCCUGCCUCCGCCCUGCACUUAGAGUCCAGGAAGGGCCGUCCCGUUUCCCCUCGCUUGGCUCCGAAUGACCCCAAACAGACGAUUCCUCUCGCAAAACCUUGCAAGAGUAAAUCUGUAGAGCAGAACACAGCUGGUGCUACACGAACUGUUGCGUCUGUCAACGUUAAAACAACCCAAAGGAAACCUCUGGUCAGCAGUAACCCUCCUGUCCAAACGCCCGCUGUGAGCAACACUACUAAACCAGUGCCUAACAGCACUACCCACAAACACACGGCGCGGACUAAACCCAGCAAGCGCGACGAACCCUACUUUGAGAUGAACAAUAAGAGAAGGGUAAAGAACUAAGAAUGCUGGGAUAUGUAGUUACAACUGUGGAGCGGCACGCUUCACAUACGGAUUUAUUCGGAUGCCAUAUUUAAUUUUAAGUGAAAAUGAGGCUGUGAUGUGUGCAGUCUGUUUGAUUUGUUGUGUUUUUUUAAAUGUUGAAAAUACGUUUCUAGUGGCCAAGCUAUGAAAAUGAGACUUUUAAUUCAGAACAACCUAUUAAACAUACUGCACAUCUGUCUUUACCAGCCUCAUUUGCAUUAAAUUAAAUGACAUAAUCAGUAUUUUUUUUCUUCUCAUCUGUUAAAACCUCUGUCUCUAGUUGCGACUGCGGUGCUGAGGGUCACACUUCACAUACAGAUUUUUUUUUUUUUUUUUUUCAGAUUUUUAAUCUGAUUUUUAUCAGAUUUUUGAAAACAAGGCUGUGACGUGUGCAGUCUAUUUGAUUGCUUGUAUGUUUUAAAUGUCGAAAAUACGUUUUCGAAACAUUGCAAACACAUUUUUUCGUUUCUUUGAAAAUGUUUCUACUGGCCAAGCUAUAAAGAUGACUUUUAAUGCAGAACAGCCUAUUAAAUAUACUGCACAUCUGUCUUUAACAGCCUCAUGAUUUUCAUUUACAUUAAGUUAAAUAUGAUUUGUUUGCUUUGCAUCUGUCAAAACUUCACAGGCUUUCAUUUGUGGUGGGAUAUAUAGUAGCGACUGCGGCACUGAGGGUCAGGCUUCAUAUACAAAUUUAGUCAGAUGCGUGUGCAGUACAUUUAAUUGGGUGUGUGUUUUAAACAUUGCAAAUACGUUUCGAAACAUUGAAAAUACGUUUCUAGUGGCCGAGCUAUGAAAAUGAGACUUUAAAAUUCAGAACAACCUAUUAAACAUACUGCACAUCUGUCUUAAACAGCCUUUUUUUUUGUAUUAUUUAAAUUCAACCAAAUGUGCCAUAAUCUGUUUGUUUUCUUGGCAUCUGUCAAAAUACUCGUCUCAAGCUUUCAUUUGUGCCAUACUAAAAAUCAUCAGGAUAUGCCUCGGAUAUAUUUUACACAAAUGAACACAUUGUUUUUAAUUUCUUCUUUUAGCUACUGUAAUUAUCAUUAUUUUAGCUAAGAGGUUAAGAAGCAUUUAUAGGUUUAGUGUUCGAAAUUAUGCACGUUUAUGCACAAACUCAUAUCAUCGUCAUCUUUUGUGUUUAAUAUCCGUUACUUUUCUGUUACAUGAUCUGAUUUGACUCCUGAUUGGGUUGUAAAUGUAUUAGCAUUACUUAGUAAUACCGUAAAUCACUUAUUCACUGUAUUUCAAUGUAUUCUGAGCGCAUAAGAAAAACCAGCAAUAUGUUGCAAAGGUAAAGCGGUAAGUGUGUGUGUUUAAAUUAAUGUCUGUCUUUAUGUAUGAUGAUCAUGUAACGCGUGCAAAAGUCUGCUGUUCUGUUUCUACUUCAUAUUUACAUUGAGAGCACUGUUACUGUAUUACAUAAGAGACAUAGGUAUAUGAAUCCACUCUAAUCUGACAUCCCAUAAUAUGCAGAAACACCUCUCUAUGGCAACCAAAGCGAAAUUCAUGUUUGAAUCUUUCAUGGCAUCAUUUUAGAGCACAUUUUAAAAACUAUUUUAGAGUAUUUAGGGUUUACGUGCCUUAAAUGUGUGUUUGUUGGAAUAUAGGUGUGGUUUAUUAUCAAACACCCUUGAAGAACUGUAUUUAGUCAGGAUGGUUAUUUUGGCAGGUACUGCGGUUUAAUUUGUCUGUUUUAAGUUGGUCAAACAGCCAGCUUUUAUUAAAUGAAAUGCUACCUCCUUUACGCCACACAAAUACUACUGACUCAGUCAUGCCCAUAAACACCUGAGCUUUUAUUUUAUUACACUGUCCAAGACAAUGCUAAAUAUUUUCCAGUUUAUUCAAGAGUUGCGGUUUAUACAGAAAGGUUAUUAUAAAUAUUAAUUUUAUGUGUAAGGGUAAUUGUUCUCUUUUUUUUUUUUGGAUAUGGUUCUUUUAAUUAUAUAUUUGUGCGCCAGAUUGUGUGAGAGAUAUUCUUCCAGCACUUUAAGAAAAUGUUUGUUUUGAAUGUAGCUUAUUUUCGUUGUUUUGUUUGUUUGUGUCUUUGCAUUCUGUCAAAUAAAGAUCUAUAGUGUAUAAUUUGAUUGUUGCCUACUUCAACAGCGACUAAUUCGUUUCAGAAUACCAGGUAAGUUUAUUUUAUCUGAAUAUCUGUACUGGCAUUGUGUGAAUAUCAAGAUAAUAUUACAGUGAAAUGAGUUUUACUACAUCAGUCUCUUGUGUUUUACAGUGCCUUGAUAUGAGAUUAUAAUAGUGCUGCAGCCUAGUGGUUAAAAACACAAACUACAAUCUCAAAAGUUAACAGCAUUUUUAUUUAUUUAACCAGUGCAGUCUAAUCAGUUGUUUAUGUCAGGGUUAUUGUAGUUAACUAAAAGCUAAAACCAUUAAAAACUUGAAAUAAAAUGGUAACUUAAAAAUAAAUUGAAACAUUUUGUUUUUGUAGUGUAAAUAUGUACAAAACUUUUUAAUUUCAGACAGUUGCCAAGAAAUCUCACUUUAAUUUAGUUUAUCUUAAUGUGCUAAAAUAACUAAAACUGAAUAAAAAAUUAUAGAUAUUAAAAAUACGCAACAAACUUACCAAAAAUAAAAAUUGAUUCAAAAUAAUAAAAACUAUAAUGCUAUCCAAAAUAAUUGUCCACAUGCAUUUUGGUGCGUCAAGCAUUAACGCAUUUAUUAGAAAGUCAUGCUGAUACAUAUAAUCACUUUUUAAAAAUCUAACAAUUCUUGUAAAUUUAUUUUAUAUUGACUGACUCAUUUUCAACAUUAAGUAAGCAUGUGUUUCUUUGGCCAACUUGGUUCAAAUUUAGCAAUUUAAUACAGAACAUUUUCGAUGUUUAACCACAUGAUGGCACACUCUACCCACUUUUAUUGAUCAUAUCUGGCUACUUAAAGCUGGUCUUUUCCCCCUUCAAAACCUUCAUAUAUGCUACUUCGUAUCUGGGGUUGUCUUGAGUUUAGCAAAGACUGGGUAUAUAAUUGCUCGUGUAUCCAUCAGAUGAUAGACUAAUAUUAAACAGAUUAGGUGGACAAUCUGGUAGAGUGGCUUAUGUCUAAUAACUUCUCUGAUGAUGCAGGUUUUUAGUUGCUAAGGUAAAGCUGCAUGUAAACUGAAUCCUUCAGUUCAGUCUUUAUGUCUUGUGCAUUUCUAUAUGUUUGCACGGUUCCCUCAAGACAUGUCCAGCCCUUGAAGAUUUAUGUCCAAGGGGGGAAAAAAUAUUAAAUAAUUUUAAAGACAUUGCACUUAGAAAAAGCACAAGAUGAUCAUAUUUAACAAUUUCCAUCACAUUUCUAGGCCUAGACAUUUUAAAAAUCCCCUGACAUUUCCAGGUUUUCCAUCACCGUGAGAAUCCGGUACAUAAAUGCAUGGUUUACACAGCUAACGUUAUGCAUUCAUAUCCAGCUGCAUUUCUUACCAAACAUAAAUAUACAACUUAACAGUACAAAACUUUAGAUAUUAAAAUACGGAAACAUAGUAUAGUAUAUAAUAAAUGAACACAAACUAGGUUUACAAAUCUAACUAACCAGAAUAUUAAACAAUCAAAUAUCUUCCAGACUCUAGAUAAAAUGAUUUCCCAUCAAGUUUAUUACGUGUUAUUUAAAAUAUGAUAUAAAUCUAAUCUAGCUAGAUGAAUAUAUAUAUUCGUGUGGCUUCACUCGCGCAGCGCUCGAGCUGCGUCAAACCCAGAGCGCGCGGACAUUAUUCUCCACCGCGCGACGCCUCAACAUAUCAGCAGGCGCAGCAAAACGCAUCCCAAACUCGCUCGAAAUAGCGUUAAAAAUACAAAACUCCGCUUCCUUGAACUGUUCUUAUCGUCUGCUUGACAAAAUGGGGUCUUUCGCGUCGAGCUCCGCCAUUUUGUGGCAGAAUAACUUGCGAGAGGGGUGCGUGUAAUGGUUGAAUGUAGUCACCCCGUGUCGUUUAUAUCCGCCCGGCGGUUAUUACAAGGGACCGGGAGUAAAUUACUGUCCAUCCGCUGCAACAAAGCGCAGAUUGUGCUCCUUUAACUGCAGACACCACGGUUUAACUUAAGCUAUUAAUGUUUAUUUCAGAGCAGCGCUCUGUGCCAGGUAUGUGGCGUUUUGUCACAAACUGCAAGGCUUUUGGUCAUACAAAGUCACUAUGAAAUAUAUAGAAUAUGGCAAAACUCAGUAGUACAAAUGACACUGACUUUGUUUUAAUAACAAAUGUUGAAAAUAUAUUCAUUUGAACUUCUUUCUCAUAGAUUUUUGUGGGGGGACAGAAAACACCUAACACUUAGUUGGUGCGUCCCAAAUCGCGUACUUAUGCACUAUGCUAUUUCAUUUUGUAGUAUAAAUCAUAGAUUUGUAGAGACACAUUCGACAGAUCCAGAUAUAAGUUGACGCGUCCGCCAUUUUGGAAUGGUCAACUUGACAUCAUUCGCCAUAAUAAUCAAUGAAUAUUCAAAGAUAUACAUGCGUAUAACUUGCUGUUGUAGAUGCACACAGACAACUUGGCUCCAGGGUUCGCAGACUGUUCCAAAAAUAGCAGAUGGCUUACUUAUUGCACAUAGAACCGUCGCUAAUGAUGGAUCUA